CUGUCCUUUUGUAGCUCAAAUCUUAAAUCCUCUUAAAUGUGUUGGUAUCAGAAGACAUCAUCAGACUCUUAUCACUGACAUGCUUUAAGCUACUUAGCACAACUUUUUUUCUUAGAAGUUACCUGAACAAUAAAUAAUAAUAACAAUAGUAUACUAACAGUUUGACGUCAUGCAGAACAGCAGAGGGCAGCAGGCUUUAUAAACAGAAUCGUGUCCACUGCUGUUGGACAAAGAGGAAGUCAUCACCAUGGCAAGCACAGGUGGGAUGGGGAUGUACCAGACCGGCAAAGUGGAUUAGUGUUAGUAAUCGCAUCGCAUGCAACGCCAAGAAAUGCCUGACGAAGUAGCCUACACGGAUGGUUCGUGCUAUCUUUUUUGAAAUAGUAUAUUCGCUGAGAAAUAUAGCUAAUAUGGUGAUAAUGUUAGAACUUUAAAUAGCUAAAUUGUCCAUGUAGGUUUACGCCGGUUUACAGUACUUGGUCUGGGUAGCCUACAGUUUAUUACCCUUUCAUUAAUCGUAAAACGAAUGUCUGACUUUCUGCCAAUUAACCUCGUAUGUGAUUCAUUACAAAAAUAAAAUAGGCAUAAAAUAUAUACUGCUGUCUGCAGUAUGACAUUUGUGAGAUCAAACGUACUGUAAAUCUAAAUGAAUCUAACGUUCUAAUCUACUACUGAAUUCAACGUUACUGUAAAUCUAACAAGCCUACUUUACUGUAGGCUUAGUGAGCUACCAUGACAUCAGAAGAGCAGAACCAUUCACUGUGCUCUUGUAAAUGUUUAGCCUAUAGGCUACUAAGGAAUAAGUAGGCUUCUUAGGUAGGCUUUUGCCUAAUCAUAAUUGUUCUAUGAGUGGGCUAUUAGAAAUAUACUGGUAGUCAUCCAAUUCUUUAAUUACAGAUAUAGCUGCCUGACUAGUUUAUCCACACACUCUUGUCAGCUUGAAAAGGGAUGCCGGCCACCAACAUACUGGCCCAGAGGAAGGUGCUGGGAUGUGGGGUGUUUCUGGCCUGGCUGGUCCUCUUCCAUCUGCUGGUAAAUGUAUGGCUCCUGUGCGUUUUCACCAGCCUGCUGGUGGUGCUCGGAGGCUGGCUUGGGUCCCGGGUCAUGCUGGACGGCAACAGCCUCCUCCACCUGGAGCACUUCCUGCCGCUGUACCAGUCGCCCCCGGCCCAGCCUGCCGUGGACAGCGAGCGGCGGCUCGACUGGGAGAUCCACAGCGCGGUGAGCAAAGCCGUGCGUGACUUCGUCUCCUCGUGGUACCGCACCCUGGUGGCCGAGGAGGAGGGUGAGUUUGAGUGGGUGGUGCGGGACGCCAUGCUGGCGUCGGCGGCCGAGCUGAAGCGGCGGGCGCGCCACGUGGACAGGCGGGCACUGGCGCAGCGGGUCCUGGAGCUAUGCGGCUGCCACCUCCAGAGCUAUAGCCGCGCACGGCAGCAACACCAGCAGCAGCAGGCCCAGGCGCGGCCUGAUCCCGGCUCAGAGCCACAUGCGCGGGGCGGUGGCGAGGUCCUGGACCUGUGGCAGCUGUACAGCCAGGCGUUCAACCCCCACCCAGCCCUGGCGAGUGGCGCGGCCGAGCUUAGCUACUCCAGGUCCGUGGUGGACCUUCUCAUGCACGCGCUGGUGCCGUACCCUCUCCUAGAGACCCGGACGGGCCGAUUCAUGGUGGUCGAGCUCAUCACUUGCAACGUCCUCCUGCCACUUGUGGCCAGAGUGUCCAGUCCCGACUGGCUCAACCUCACCAUCGUCGACGUUUUCACAAAGCCCAGCUCGCCAGGAGAUGAGGCAGAGACGCAGGAAGCAUUUUAUGAGGCCCAGCAGGAUUCCUGGAGCUGUGGUCUCGACUCCACAAUGAUGUGGAGGACGCCGGAAAUGUCCAGCGUCACGCUGACCGAAGCCUCCUCGUACUCCUCAGUGGGCCCGACCAGCACAGAGAGCAGUGCCCACAGCCUCUCCUCGUUGGAGGAACCCACACAGUGCGGCGGGACCGGGCGGCUCUUCUCGGGACGCGUCGGCCCAGCCAGACCUCCCACGGACCUCCUCCGCCUGAUUCGAAGCUCCCGCUGGGACCAGGAGGCCGACUCCUCCGACCUGGAGUCCCCGUCCUCGGACAGCAAGAAGAUCUCCUACGAUUCCCUGAACUUCGAGGAGGACAAGACGGACCGCUUCUGCGACUGCGUGUCCACCACCGAUUUCUGCGGACUCGUGUGCCUGGAGGAAGAGCCCUUUGGCUUCCUCAGCUCGGGGAAGCGCUCGGCGCCGAAGGUCAGGGUAUCCGGUCAGCACUCCUGGCCCGAGAGCCCGGUGGAGGAGAUGCCGGCCUCGCUCCACCAGGGCAGCUCGGUGACGGCCCCCGGGAGCCUCUGUCUGCCCCCCUUCAAGUUCGAACCUCUUGGCAGCCCCGAGGGGCCUGUGGUCAUCCAGAAUCUGCACAUCACUGGGACGGUCACAGCCAAGGAGCACAGAGGCAGCAGCACACACCCGUACACACUCUACACUGUGAAGUAUGAGACUGUUACAGAUUCGGACGGCUCGGGAACAGACCAGUCUGUUGCGUAUCACACUGUGAACCGCCGCUAUAGUGAGUUCCUCAACCUACAGACUCGACUGGAAGAGAAGCCAGAACUCCGCAAGGUGGUGAAAAAUGUGAAAGGCCCCAAGAGACUCUUCCUGGAUCUUCCCUUUGGGAAUGCUGAUGUAGAUAAGGUGGAGGCUCGGAAAGGCCAGCUGGAGACAUAUCUCAAACAACUCUGCACCAUCCCUGAGACUGCCAACAGUGAUGAGGUGCAGGAAUUCCUGGGUCUCAACACAGAUGCCAGAAUGACAUUUGAGAAGAAGCCAAGCAUUUCACGGAUCGACAAGUUGGUAGUGAAUGCCAUAGUGGACACACUGAAGACAGCAUUCCCUCGCUCGGAACCACAAAGCCCCACUGAAGAGGCUGAGGGAGACUGUGAUGGACGGAACCAACCAGAUGGCAAGAAGAUCAGAUCUCGCCUGAGAUUUUCAAGCAAGAUUGCGCCAAGCCUCAAUAUUCCUGACAUGCAACCCAAAGUCAUGUACACUUUCAGCGAGGGGAGCACUGUGCUGCAGGGUCUUUCCAUUACAGGUCUGGAGGGUCUCAUCCGGGAGCAGGAGCGGGUGCUGUGUGGCCCGCAGAAGAUGUCCUCUGAGGAGGGCCAAGCCGUCGGAGUGGACCAGAGAGGAGGCCGGGAGCGCUCCAGAACUCUGGAGAGAAGAUCAAGAUCGACAGACACUGCGCUGGCUGACGUGGCCUUGAACAUCCUCUGUCUGCUGAUGAAAGACCAGUGGAGCUGGUUGUGCACAGAGAAUAUCCAGAAGACCAUCAGACUGCUGUUUGGCACCUUCAUUGAAAGGUGGCUGGACGUGGGCAUCAGACACCUGACCAGUGCCCCGUGCUGGGUGAUCUAUCUGCGGGUGCUGCAGGAGGCGGUGUGGCCUGGCGGGGAGCUGCCGGCCGAGCAGCAGCCGGAGCGAAGCCCCGAGCAGCGCGAGGAGACGCGGCAGCAGUGCCUUGACUGCCUCACCCAGAUGCUGCCAGAUUUCAUCUCGGAGAUGCUGGGCUCUGAGAAGUACAGACUGAGCUGGGAGCAUAUGCUUGGAUCCCUGCAGGACCCCAACAUCAACAGGCACCUGGUGUACUGCAUCUUUGAUCUGCUGCUGGAGUUUCUGAUUCCAGAGUCCUCGGAGGAGGCAUUUCAGAAAUCCCUUCUGCAAAGUCUUUCCCGAGAUGUGGAGAGAACCGCAACAUCUCCAUGAACCCUCUCCCUCUCUCCACACUUUUGUUGAUGUGAGAUGUCCUUUAAGCCACUGCUCUGUAUAGCAUUCUUGUUCAAAUUCAAGAACUUUUAAAUGGUUAUAUGGUUGGUCUGGAACGUAGAUUUAAAAUGUCAGUGUUGCCAAUUUAUUCGUUCUCAAUAGCAAAUGGCAAAUCAGGUUUGUUUAACAGAUGGAAAUGUUUUAAUUGAAAAUGGGUCUCGAUAUGACUAUGUGACUACUAAUGUGGAUACAGUUUUGACCAAGACCAAGAUGUGAUGUUGGCAUAUUAAAUCAACUAAUGGGUUUUAGGAAUCACUUCCUGUUAGUAUCUGAGUUGUAAAUAUGUGUUUGUUUUUUUACCAGUAUCUGUUAAACUGUAUAUUUACUGUAACAUAGAGCAAGUUUUUAUAGACCAGUUUAACAUAUUUGUAUACCACAUUUGUCUGUUAUGUUAGUACUGCAUAACAUGUGGUGAACCCAUACUGUAUAUGUCACAUGCAAGCUUAUCAUUGCUUGAUUGGUGUUGUUAAACCUGUUUUUGUAAUUAUAUCAAAAAAUGAAAACAGAUAAAAACUUA